AUGGAAAAUGAAUCCCAUGAUAUCCAGGUCUUUCAAAUCCUUAGUAUAACUGCAAAUGAAGGUGAAGAUGUCCUCCUUCCUUGUCAUUUUUACAUUUCUUCAGCAUUUAAAUUUGGAAGCUAUCAUUGGUACAAGGAUUCUGUUAAACGGAUUGAAGUCCACAAUGAAAGUGCAGAGUUCAAGGGUCGAAUAAGGAAAGUAGAGAGCAGUGACUUCAUUAACAAUAAAAAUGCCUCCUUACUUAUUCAUGGUGUGAACAUCUCUGACUCUGGAACAUAUUACUGCAAGGUGGAAAUCCCAUUUGUUGGAAUAGUAUCUGGAAAUGGAACUUAUCUCCAUGUGGCUUCAUCAAAAGCCCAAGCUGUUACUACUCUAAAUAUCAGUGCACCCUCCUGUUGUAAUACUGAAACUUCACAAAGUGGACUAAUCUUAAUAGGAGUACUUCUAGCAAUCUACUUAAUUAACAGACUGACAGGAUGCUGACUACACAGAUGUAAACAUCACUAAGCUAUUUCUCGCAUUUAUCCUGCUAGUCAUGAUGGUUAUUUUUAUUGCAGAACAUGUUAACACAUAGAAAAAGGAGAUGUGGAGCUAGGAAAGGCAUGAGGAAAUCUGCAGUAAUUCUACCGCUGUCUCUAAGUGAAACAAUCUUCUCACUUGCAAUUUAUGUACACUGAGUGACAAAAAUCAGACAAUCAAAGGUUUGAGAUUGAAAAUAACUACAAAGUCUGAACAGCAGCACACAGUAUAGGUGCUGUAACUCUGAUCGUAAAGUACUUUUUCUGUAUACUACAAUGCUAGGCUGACAAAAACAUUUCCAUACUACACCAACACAUAAAGAAGACCCGCUGAAGGACCUAACUAGGCUCCUAACUCAUCAAAGCUUAAGGAAUAAGUUUAUAGGCUUGUACUAGGUUAAUUGCCCUUACGGGUCAUUUUAAGCCUAGCCAAUUAUCCCCUGUGAGAAUCAAACCCUGUACCUUGUGUCUAUAAGGCAAACACCUUAACUAUUAUGCCAACCUAUUAUCCCACCCUUCAAACAAAAUACUAUUGGCUGCCUUUAGAUAGUCUUGAUGAAUUUACAUCAGGGAAUCAUACGGCCUUGCUCACUUUGGGAGCUAAGCAUGAUUAAGUGUUUGAAAAGGGUGGCAAGAAGUUUUAAGAUUGUCUUCUUAAAGGUGUAUAUGGCUUGGCAUCUUAAGGCACCUGUGAUUGCUUGCCUAGCAUUGUUCCCAUGUUCCUCAAUGGUACCUUCACUUUUAUCUAUAUCCAUAAAAGUUAGCAACAAUAAGACACAGCCCUAGCCUGUAUAAUUCUGCAGACUAGUACCAGAAAAACAAUUCAUUUAUGCAUAAUUGUUACUGUUACUUUAAACAAGCAGUGCAUAUUCGUGUUAAGGUUUAGCAUUUCUGUGACAGGUUAAGUCAGUAUAUGCUACACUGAGCUCUGUCACUUGAUCCAUGAUCAACAGAUACUGCAUUCCUGUGAUAUGCAGAGAUUGUAUCACACACUGUAGUGUAUUAAUAAAUACAUUAUUGCUUCAGUCCUGUGGACCAAAACUGGCAAUUGCUUGAUCCUGCAAACACUUUACCAAAACAUUUAUAGCUGUAAGCCAGGCAGAACAGGGAACUCACUCAUCCACCUAUUGUAUGGAACAUAUGGAUGGCAGUAUUCUGAACUUAUGUUAGUAUUCCAUCUGCAGAAGCUGGCCUUUGAACAUCGCAGCAGUUUAGGAAAACAAUAAAUAACAGACACUUCUAACUCAGCACUUGGUGUGUAAUGCCAAGAAUGCAGGAUCAACAACUUCAUUGUAAUUCUCACUGACUUGUUAGCAAAGGGCAUUGGAUCUGCAUAUGAUGUCCAGCUGUAAUAAUACGUUUGCCUGUGCUGCCAGACUCUUGUCUUUUGAGGCAGUGGAUCUGCCUAUAUUACUUCAGAUUCCAGAGCAGAUGGCAAUGGGUGAAUUGAAUAUUCAUCAGGUUGGUUGCCGACUGAGAGGAUGACAACUGGUCCUCUUUUGUUGGGUAGGAUAUGGCACAAACUGAAGUGUUUUAGAGAACAUGGUCUUUCACUUAUGAGAGAAUUUGGCAAAAGUCGACUUCCACUGUGUUAACAAAGUGUCAGGCAUUAUCUUACCAUGAAUGAAUGCCCCUUCCAGUAGUCCUAACAUCACUGUAGGGGGUCUGCUAAAAAGCCAGGAAGCAUAGAUGCAAUCCUUGAAAGAGUCAGACUAGGUGUAAUUGGAAUGAGUAUAUAAUAACUCUAAUUCUCCUCUGACUUACAAUGAUCUCACACUUAAAGUAGGAAGGGUGUGCAAGAUGCAGCUCCCCCAUGAUGCAUUACCCCGGCAGCAUAAACAUGCUAAAGAUGUAAUGCUGAGUUUUGUAAUUCACCUUUUGUUUUUUGUUUUUUGAGUCAAUUAUCAAAGUGUCCUGACAACAGUAUGAGGUUUUGCAAUCCCGACAAGAAGCUUCCUUCAACUCUGGCCCCCAAAAGAUACUCAGAUCUUCUAGAAAACAAUACCACCCUUGGCAGAUGUCUAAGUAGAAUACCACAGCUACUGACUUCUUACCACAGUCACACGAUAACCACUUACAACAAGAUCCACUUCUCAAGCAGUUAAAGAGGAUGCCGUCUCAUGAAAUUUUCCAUGCAGAGUAUGGAUUUCUGAUUAUGUGGGGACAUGCUGACUCCAACUAUAGCAACAGAAGAAAGUCAAAUGAAAAAAUUUGAGCUGAAAAUGCCCUGCAUAUUGUAUGUCUAGCAAGAUGGCAAACAAUGGUGUUUAGUUAAGCAUUUGUAAAUUCAACCUGCAGGUAGCCUUAUAAGCAAUUAGUUUUUUGAUAUUGUCUUGCGUUUCCUCUGAAACAGUUUGCAAACGCCUAAAUCACAAUUAUAUCUAUAAUGAUUUAUUAAGAACCAAGCCAGAUUAGAACUGCAGUUUAUAUCAGUAUAAUCUAGGUGAAUAAAAAGUGCACUUCAUGUCUGCAUCAAAUGUUUAACCAUUAGUGAACAAUGCAGCAGAUGUUUCCUAAUACACAGCAAGUACCAGUUUUAUUACAACUGUACCUUUUGUUGUUAUGUUUUCACACUUGUCUACAUUUUAGAUUCUAAGGCAGAAAUACAUUUUAGAGUUUGAUUUCUAAGAAAACAAACAAAACAGGCUAGCAUAUUAACUGUUACAUUAAAAUGUCUGUAAAUGACCCUUGUUGCCUUUGAUGACAAAGUAAGUGCUGUUGAAAGUCAUAAAGGCUACAUUUCAAAGCUUUUUAGAUUUAAUUCUCUGUGUGUGUCCCUACUUCACACCAUCUGCAGAUGCAUUAUACUGCAAUCCAGGCUUGGCUGGUUGGACAAAAAUGUGAAAAGUUUCCUCA